CCCGAUUCUCUUAGUAACAAGGCUGUGGCCGGCCGCAGAACGUCCUAUCAAAAUGAAGAUUCGAGUCGGUUCGUUUUUCCCGCGACGAUCUCGGCGUUAAUAAAUGCCGUCCGAUUGUUUACGCGUACCCGCCGAUACGAGAGUAGAGUCGAAAAAUAGAGAUCCUCGCUCGCGAAAAUAUCGUAAUGCUCUUCCCAGUCGAAGUAUCGGUUCUUGACGGGUGUGACGUGAUUAUCAUCGCGAGACGCACGACGAUGUUCCGCGGUGUUACAUCGGCAUAUUUUCGCGCUCAGUGAACAAAUGGGAACGAAUGCACCGAACAACAUACCGCUCGUUGUUCGCGUGCAACCUGGUAGCUUGUUAAGUAGCUAUUUUCACCUGCGCGUUCGCGACAGCAUCCCGGAGUAGCUCGUCGAGUAGCUAUUUUUGUGAAACGUUUUACUUUUAUUUGCGUUGUACACGCGGCGUUCGCGUUAAUAUGGAACGAGUCGAAUGCGCGUUCGAAUUAAUUAUCGCUAUUGCGUAGCGCUUAUCAUAGUUGCUUCUUUUGCGCGACAAUAGUCGCGGCGUGUCCGGCGAAGCGCGAUAAUUCCCGGGAUAUAAUUGAAAUCAAUUAGUUCGAAACGGUAAUAAAACGCAUCGCGGUAGUGCGCUAUCCCUCGCCGAAAAGUCGAUAAAUUUUCCCCUCUCCCUCUCUCUCUCUCUUCCUCUUUUCUCUUUGCGCCGCGGCGCGAGAUAUUCUUUGUUCGAUAAAUCAACGUCGAUUUCAUCCCUACGUGAGCAUCAAUUACAAGACUCUUCUCGAGACAUUAAUUUAUUAUCGGGGAGAAACGUAAUCUCACGGGCGAUUGAUACACUCGUCGCUGAGGCGAGUAACACAAAAACAAUCGUCGGCUCAUCACUAAUAAACAAAAAAAGGAGAAGACCGAGAAAGAGUUCAAGCAGCUUUUGGCAGCAGUAUGAAGAUGAUGGACGAGCUACUGUUUUCCGCUUUUGGCCUGACGAUGGACACCGGCAUCGAGAAACAGCUAUUUUCCCUAUCUAGGGCGGACGUAACUAGCGAUUACGAAGUCUCGCGUAUCACCCCGCUUAGCGAUGAUUUCGGAUUAUUCGACAGUCAGUUGAGCAUGAUAAAUCCGACAGAUAGUUACACCGACUUAACUUGUUCCCCGCAAUCGUCUUGGAACGACUGGUCGACCGCCAAUACACCCACAUCUUCAGGUUAUUUGAGCGAACUGAACGAAUUGGAUUCGGAGCUGGAUUGGUGUCUGGAGAAGAGCUGGGACUCCGGUCUACCGGAAAGAACGCCGCUGUGCACCGCAGGAUGCGAGGGGUUUCUGCACUUGCCGCCUCUGCCGAAUCCGCAACAGACGCCGCAAUAUGAAGAACCGCUGCUGGUACUCGGCAUCGAUUUACGAACGUUGGAGAACACAUUAGGGACAAGUACGAUAGAUUAUAACAACAACCAGUUAGACGACGGUCUUCUAAUCUCGUCAGCAGCUACUGCCGCUCUAGCAACCCACGAUUACACCAACCGUAGCUUAGCAAAUGCGUCCGAAGAUCGAUGCUUCCCGUGUACCUACCAAGGAUGUUUAAAAGUAUACGCCAAGGCGUCCCAUUUGAAGGCUCAUUUACGACGACACACCGGCGAGAAACCGUUCGCGUGCACCUGGGCCGGUUGCGUAUGGCGUUUCAGUCGGUCAGACGAACUGGCGAGGCACCGACGAUCGCACUCGGGCAUUAAACCGUACUCGUGCGAGAUGUGCUCGAAAAGAUUCGCGCGUAGCGAUCACUUGGCCAAGCACCGUAAGGUACACCGGAAAAAUGCCUACCCGUUGUUCCAUGGAGCUAGAGGACUACGUGGCGGCAAGAUGAACGUUUUACCGUCGUAAAUCUAAGACACCCCCACCUUCCGCCCACUCUCGCGCCUUUGCGAAUUUUCUUCUAAUUAAUAAAGCAAGCCAAAGUUUAUCAUAAGAACAUAAAACGACGCCACAACUAUAGCUCUCCUAUAUAAAUUGACAAAUAAGGUACUUAAACUGAUUCCAUGUAAAGGUAAUUUCAUAUACAAGGUACAACUCGUGCGAAAUGAAUGGUAUAGAUUAGUGGUUCUUAACAUUUCCGGCGGCUAAUCCUCCUUGGAUUCUUAAAAUAAUCUUAACACACCUAUCUGCGUUCCUGUUCAAGAACCACCGAUAUUAACUCUAACGAAACGACAUAAUGUUAAGACGACCGUAAAGAUUAUUAUAUACAUUUUUGAGCUAAAUGUAUGCCCAAAAUAUUUUCUGAUUGCAAAAAGAAAGCAAAAUUGGCGCGAAAAGUUGCGUUAAAUUUAAUGAGAGAUUUAUUUAACCUAGUAUUAGUACGACUAGUCCCUAUUGGCGGCAGUUACUUCAAUACACAAUUCACAAUAAAUAAUGAAAUAACAUUCCCACAAAGA